GGGCCCCGCCCACUGCUUUCUGGUGACGUCAGGCCCGGCCCUCGCUCCCUAGAGGGAGCGGAGCAGUGAGCUGAGUGUAAGAUUAAGGAAAAGUAAGAGGCAGAGCCGGGUCGCAGACAGAAGUGCAGGGGAGGUUUCCCACCUUAGCAGAGCUGCAGCCAUGGCGACGCUUCAGUGCCGGGUGCAGUACCUGGAUGACAUGGACCCCUUUAUUUGUACAAACUUCCCAGAGCCCCGAAGACCGCCGGUGCACAGUUUCUCAGAGAACACCCCGCUACUCGAUCAGCUCCCCGCCAUACACAAGCUGCUGGAGGCACCCUUAAAGCUGGAAGACUGCACCCUCCAGUUAACUACCAAUGGGAAUUACCUGGAUAUUGAACUAUCACUGGCAGAACAACGAGAUUAUCUAGAAGCUUUUUAUGAUGAUAUAAGCAAAGGAAGACGACCUACACUUAUUCUCCGUACACAGUUGUCAGUGAGAGUUCACUCUAUUCUUGAAAAAUUAUACAAUUCCAAUGGGCCUGAAUUGAGAAGGUCUCUCUUCUCUCUCAAGCAACUUUUUCAGGAAGACAAGGAUCUUGUUCCUGAGUUUGUCAACUCUGAGGGUUUAACAUGUCUAAUCAAAGUGGGAGCAGAAGCUGAUCAGAACUAUCAGAACUACAUUCUUCGAGCCUUGAGCCAGAUAAUGCUGUUUGUUGAUGGCAUGAAUGGUGUGAUCAAUCACAACGAGACCAUCCAGUGGCUCUACACUCUCUGUGGCAGUCCAUACCGACUUGUGGUAAAGACUGCUUUAAAGCUUCUGAUAGUCUUUGUUGAAUAUGCGGAGGUGAAUGCUCCUCUUCUUAUUAAAGCAGUAAAUACUGUAGAUAACCGCCGGGCCUGCAGUCCAUGGUCAAAUUUAAUAGAUAUCCUAGAAGAAAAGAACGGAGCUGACUCAGAGCUGCUAGUUUUCACAAUGACUCUCAUUAACAAGACUCUUUCAGCACUUCCUGACCAGGACUCAUUUUAUGAUGUUACUGAUUGUCUGGAGCAGCAGGGGAUGGAAAAAAUCAUUCAGCGUCACAUGAACAACAAAGCAACUGACCCAGACCUGAAACGAAAACUUGUACUGUAUGAGAGUGCAUUAAAACAGGAAGAUGAGGGUGGUGAGGAAGCAUCUAACACUGCCCGUAAAGAGCGUAGACGAAACUCAUUGGGUGUUGAAGAGGUACGACGCUCUAGGCGCUCGCUUGGGAACAGUGCGGAAGUUUGGGCAAAAAUCAACUCCACUUCUUCAGUGACAAAACCCCAGGAUGAAAACAUUGCUGCCCCAACCCCUGUUAUCAAAGAGUCCAGUCUUCAAGUCCCUAAGUUCAGCAUUGUGCCACCAUCACCACCAAACCAGCUUGCCAAAGAAGAGCCAUCAGCUUCUCCAGUGUGCAAGGAUUCAUAUACAAAAGCAGAUUCUUAUGCUCCAAAUGAGAAUAGUAUUGAGCUAUCUGCUGUUGAAAAUGUCAGCACCUCCACGUUAUCCCUUUCAAAUCCCAUCCCAGAGUUGGAUAAAUUGGCUAACAUUGGUGACAGGAGUAUAUUUAAACUUCACCAAACAGAGCCUGUUUGCCAUGAGAAGAAUAGUAAUGUGUGCGAUGAUAAGCCAAUUUUCAAAAGAUUUGCAAGCAGGUUUUUGGAAAACUUGGCUGCCACGGAGCUGGAGAAGAUCUCAGCCUUGUCCAAGGGCAGACAAGAGGUAUUGGCAGAGGCUGUGCGUAAUGGAGGUGAUUUGUGUGGAGAAGCCAUGUCUCCUAGCCAAGCGGAAGAAGGAAAUGGUGAUCUGAGUGAGAAAGAAGAGAAGAAUGAAAGCCUAAAUGAAAAGGAACUGUGCUCUGGCUCCAGUGAUUCUUCAGCCAGCAGCACGUUGGAGAGGGAGGAGCGAGGAGAAAGGCAAGAACAUGAAUCAGAACCAACAAGUCCAGUUUGCGUUCCUCCACCAACGACAGAUCGCUCCAGCUCUAAAAAAUUUAUGCUGGAAAUGCUUUAUUCCAAAAACCAAAGUGGGACUGGCCUAGAUACAGAAAUUCUUAAUGCAAAGAACAUUGUGUCAAACGAAGUGCUGAAGUCGCCCAGAGAGAGGAUGGGUCCCAUCUUUAGGACAGAGGAAGUUCAGAUAGAGAAUUCUCCCAAUACUACUAUUGAAAAUACAGCUGAAUCCCGGAGAACUGUUAUGAGGGCUCAGUACAGCAUUGAUGCAGAAACCAAUGCCAAGAAUUUGGAAAAAACCCUGAUGAUUCCCUUUAAGAAAUCUUCAGCAAUUCUGUGGGAGCAACCAUCAAAGCCUCAGACAGUACUAAAGAUUAAAGACCUGGACUUCACUGAUCUUUGUGAGGAAGAGGAUUACGAUGUCCUUUAUUUUGAUUCACCAGAAACUGUGUCGCCACCUCAUCCACCAGUUUUAAAUUCAGUACCCCCUCUAUCCCUUUCAGGGAUGCCUUUUCCUCCCCCCCCCCCACCACCACCACCACUACCCGGUUGUCUACCUCCACCCCCACCACCUAUCUGCCCUCCACCCCCACCUAUCUGCCCUCCACCGCCAUUCAGUAACAGCCUAAACUUGCCACCUCCACCACCUGCUCCUCCUAGCUUUAGUUCCAUGUCCCAGAACUCCAGUAGCACAGCUCUGACUAAAAAGAGGAAAACUGUUAAACUUUUCUGGAGGGAAAUGAAAGAGCCUGAAAACACAAGCAGAGGAAAGUUUGGAAAGGGGACACUUUGGGAUUCGCUGGAUAAAGUAUCUUUGGAUACUGAAAAACUUGAGCAUCUUUUUGAAUCCAAAGCCAAGGAAUUGGCAGCUUCUAAGAAAGGGACUGAUGCAAAGAAACAGUAUCUAGUUUUACUGGAUCCCAAGAGGAGCAAUGCUAUUAAUAUUGGGUUAACGGUGCUGCCAACUGUGAACAUUAUCAAGACAGCGAUCAUGAAUUUUGAUGAGUAUGCCAUCACCAAAGAGGGUAUUGAGAAAAUUCUGACAAUGGUGCCUACAGAAGAGGAAAAACAGAAGAUUCAGGAAGCUCAGCUUGCAAACCCUGAUGUUCCACUGGGAACAGCGGAGCAGUUCUUACUCACCCUCUCUUCUAUCAGCGGGCUAUCAUCAAGACUGCAGCUUUGGGCUUUUAAACUUGACUAUGAGACCAUGGAGAAGGAAAUAUCAGAGCCUCUCUUUGACUUGAAAUUGGGAAUGGAGCAAUUAUCAAAGAAUAAAACAUUUAAAGUCAUUCUGGCAUCUCUGUUGGCUGUUGGCAAUUUCCUGAAUAGCUCUAAUGCAAAGGGCUUUGAUCUCGGUUACUUGGAAAAAGUAUCAGAAGUGAAAGACACUGUCCACAGGCAGUCCCUCCUCCACCAUAUGUGUAACCUUGUCAUAGAAAAAUACCCAGACACUUCAGACCUUUACUCUGAAAUUGCAGCAAUCACGCGGUCAUCAAAAGUAGAUUUUGAUGAGCUGGCAGAUACUUUGAUUCAGUUGGAGAAGAGAUGCAGGGAAUCUUGGGAGAGCCUGAAAGUCAUUGCCAAGCAUGAGACCAAACCUGGGCUGAAAAACAAAAUGACUGAAUUCCUGAAAAGCUGCACUGAAAAGAUUGUCAUCCUCAAAAUUGUGUAUAGGAGAAUUUUAAACAGGUUCCGUUCCUUCUUGCUAUACCUGGGCUACACUUACUCAUCUGCCAGAGACACAAAGAUUACAAGAUUCUGCAAGGUCAUCAGUGAAUUUGCACUGGAGUAUAGAACAACAAGAGAAAGGGCCCUGCAGCAGAAGCAGAAACGAGCAGCUUACAGGGAGAGAAACAAAACACGCGGCAGAAUGAUUACAGAGACAGCUAAAUUUUCCAGUGCUGCUGGCAGUGUGGAGAAUAACUUAACAUCUGCCACUUCAUCUAGACUGCAAAAUCAGACAUCUGAAGAAGGACAUGAAAACAUGACCAACCUACUCAUCUCUGCUGGGGAAAAUCAAACUCGCAGGAGCAGAGGAGUCAGAAGUUUAGGCCGUUGCAGCCCUCCAGAAAUCUCGGCAACUAAGGAGGACACUGGAUCUUCCCCUGUAGAUGCCUCAGAUGAGAUUAUGGAUCGACUGGUACAGUCUGUGACCCAAAACCCUAAUCCGAGAGUUGUGGCUCCCAAGGAACGAAAGAGAUCCAGAGCAAACAGAAAGUCAUUGAGAAGAACUCUAAAGAGUGGAUUGAGUGAUGACCUAGUGCAGGCACUGGGGCUGGCAAAGUCAUCAGAGGUCUCUGUAUGAUACGCUAGGUGAGAGACUGUACAGCAGUACGUCUAGUGCCCCCUACGGUGGGUUCUCAGGAUGCCAGCAGAGCACCAACAGCAUAUCGUCAUGUGAUGACGAUGGAUAAGGGGCUUUUUUUUUUUAGCAUGUACCGCUGGAAGGAAAGAAGCAUAAGUAAGCAGUGUGUGAUGCAGGAAAUGAAGAAGUUUUUUGACCUGUUUGGUUCAAGAAUUGAACUGCAACUCACAUGCUCUGCAUUCAUUCUCAUGCAAGGAUUUUCUGCCAGAGCUGAAGUAUGGAUUCUUUGCCAUGGCCAGGACAUGCUGCAGUGCCUACAAAGAUUGUGCUCUCUGCUUUUUUAUGUUAAAACAUUACAGGCUUACUAUAUUUCUGGUAAUGUUCUUGUGGAUUUCCAGGAGUCCUGGAGCUUAGCACCUUGUUAUAAAAAGGAGAACCCACUAUACGUAUAACCCAUCUUGGGUCGAGGGCACUCCACAGCCAACUACAGAAAACUGAUGUUUCCCUAGGGAUGAUCCUGUUUGGGAUAGUUUGGUAUAUGUUGGGCUGCUCGAUACCUUUACCUUCCCAGGCAACCACUGGAUUCAUGUAAACUGUAGCCGACUAAAGGUAUUCAUGCUGUGCUCCACAGUAAAGCAGAUUAUUUCUCAUUUUCCAACCCCGUGCAGGCGUUUGGAUUUCCAUGUGAUGCUGUAACAUUCUGACAGCACGAGGGUUAUGGGAUCUUUCAAACACUUUCCCAGCGACUUAUAAGGGACUUGCCUACUAACAAUGCUGCAUUACUGCUGAGCUGCCUGUAUGAGUUUAGGCAGUCCAGCAACCCAGUCUGUAUACUGUUGAUCAUAUACCUUUGUUUAUUUCCAGCUCUGCUCUAUGUUCCAUUUAUCUUCUGUGUACAUAGUCUGUCAUAGCCAAGGAAAACAAGGCUUCCACUUGCAACCGUCCGUUAUUACCAUUAUAACAUUAUGUGAUUGUUUAUAAUAAUGAAGCCUAUGGUAUGUCCUGCUAACCACUUCAGUUCCUGGGAGGGAAACACCAUUUCCAACAUAAAGAAAAUAGUCAGGGUUUACUUGCUCACAGUUGUACAAUAUCUGCACUUGUAAGAUGUUUUUUUGGCAGUAAAAGUGUGCUGUUAUAUUAAUCACUACAAAUGUAAACCAUGUAUGCAGCUCCUUUAUUAUAACCCUCCCCACAUUCAUUUCAUUGUUGGUUCCGAUUUUGAUCAUCUGUCUUUACAAACACUGUGCACUGACAUUCAAUAACAUUCUUCUAGAAAGAACCAUAGCACAAAUAAUAAGCAGUGCCAUGGCACAUGUGAUGUGUUAAUAAUAGACUAUGUCAUUCUGCUAAUGUGGCUUCCUCAGCUACACGUGGCGUAUAAAUUGUAAGUGUGCAAAGACCACUGUUGAGAAUAUGACCCUGUGUAACCUCUAAGCAGGUUUGCCACUAACAUUUAUGGGCAAUGCAAAAGCUUGGCAUGCACUCACUGCAGAAUUAGCUGUACAUUGGAAACCUAACCCCACAUAGGUUGCUUGUAUAUUUAUGUCCUAAUAUAUUGGUAUAAUAACGUAUCUUCUUCUUUUAUCUAAAAUGACCCGGUGAUCUUUAAGGAGAAACUUUUUACUCAAACACUGGCUGCAUUUUUCAAAAUAGGUGCUCCGCACCAUUUACAUACAUUUUUAAGACAAAUGUCAACCUAAGCAUUAUUUAUACACAUUGUAUCUUUAUAAAUAUGGUAUAAAUUAUAUGCACAAUGUUGUACUUUUUGGUGCAAACUGAACUUUACAUCUUUAUAAAUAUACCCUAUAUGUGCCAGUUGCUGAUUGCAAGUUUUCAGUAGCAUUGUCUGGUUGGUGUGCCAUAGUGAGCAAGACUCUUUUUUAAAAUUACUGUUAAUGUUUAUUGCUGUUGAGAACAUUUUCUGUCUGUUGUCUGCUAUUCCAUGCACUGCUGGUUCUGCCUACAUGCAGCGCUCAGAGAAUAUAGCAGUAAUCUGCUCUCCUUGCCCAGACUCCAAUUGCCACAAUACCCUGCAUGCUUCUGAUAUUAUAGUGAUACUGAACCUAAAAAACUGCUCUCUAAAGGAGAAGGAAGGGUACAAUCUCUGGGGUGGGGAAGCCAAAUGUUAGGCACCCCCAAUGACUGUAAUUACUUUCCUGAUACCCCGGGUCGGUGCUCCUGUUAGCAGAAAACUGCACCGCCCGAUGUACACAGAGAGGGAGCGAUCCUCUUCCUCCCGUCUUCCUCCCGUCUUCUUUCUUCACAAUACGGGGACAGAGU